AUGGGACCAGUCGAUGCAGGCGCUUCUUCAAUCUCAGUUGCGAUCAGAGUCCGGCCAUUCACAAUAAGAGAAGCCGCUCAACUUACAAAAUGCGACGACUCGACACUCUUCCUCGGCGACGGUUCGCUGGCGGCCGCCCCGACUCCCAAGCUCUCUCAGAAAGGCAUUCGCUCCAUCAUCAAGGUCGUUGACGACAAGUGCUUAGUGUUCGACCCUCCCGAAGACAAUCCCGUACAGAAGUUUUCGCGAUCUGUGGUACCAAUGGGAAAGAGAGUCAAGGACCAGACCUUUGGCUUUGACCGAAUAUUCGACGAGAACGCGACGCAGAACGAUGUAUACGAAGCUACGACCAGAUCCCUGAUAUCAAACGUGUUUGACGGCUACAAUGCGACCGUCUUUGCGUACGGCGCCACGGGUUGCGGCAAGACACAUACCAUUACUGGUACAGCACAACAACCCGGCAUCAUAUUCCUCACAAUGCAAGACCUGUUCGAACGAGUCAACGAGCUCAGCGAUGAGAAAGUCACCGAAAUAUCGCUCUCAUACCUCGAGAUCUACAAUGAAACGAUUCGUGAUCUGCUCAGUCCAGAUGGCAGUAAGAGUGGGCUCAUGCUACGAGAAGAUUCACAGCAGGCAGUGUCUGUCGCAGGCCUCUCAAGUCACCGCCCACAGAACGUGCAAGAAGUCAUGGACAUGAUCGUCAGAGGCAACGAAUUGCGCACAAUGUCACCCACCGAAGCCAACGCUGUUUCGUCUCGAUCACAUGCCGUACUUCAGAUAAAUGUCGCCCAGAAAGACCGUAACGCGAAUGUGGACGAAGCACAUACAAUGGCCACGCUCAGCAUCAUCGAUUUGGCCGGCAGUGAGCGUGCGAGCGCGACCAAGAAUCGAGGCGUACGGCUACUCGAGGGAGCCAACAUCAACAAAUCGCUACUUGCGCUUGGAAGCUGCAUCAAUGCCUUGUGCGAUCCUCGCAGAAAGGGCCAUGUACCAUACAGAAAUUCCAAGCUCACGCGACUGCUCAAGUUUUCACUCGGCGGCAACUGCAAGACCGUCAUGAUUGUGUGUGUCAGCCCCUCAAGCCAGCACUUCGAUGAGACACAGAACACCCUGCGAUACGCCAAUCGGGCAAAGAAUAUCCAGACCAAAGUCACGCGGAACGUCUACAAUGUCAAUCGCCACGUCAAGGACUACCUCGUCAAGAUCGAUGAACAGAUGGCUCUCAUCAACGAGCUUAAAGCACAGCAGAAGGACCACGAAGCUGUUGCUUUCUCAAAAUUCCGCAAACAGUCCGAGAGGAAAGACAACAUCGUCCGGGAAGGCAUCCUCCGAAUACGAUCAGCGUAUGAUAAUACUGCUACAGAGCGGAAAGAUCGCAUCACCAACAUGGUCAAGCUGCGACAAAUUGGUAGGCGGAUAGCUAUGCUGUCAUCCUGGAUAGCCGCGUUUGAUCAUGUCUGCGAUAACGUCGAAGGUGAUAACGCGCUCAAGAACAUGCACACUGUACGGAAAGCGGCUCAAGGAAUCAUGAUUGAGCUCGAGAGUGGACGCAACCACUGUCAACAGAAGGUCACUAAGAGCAAUUGGGAUCGACCACUGAAUACUGCUCUGUCUGCGAGCCUUGACCAGCUAAGGGAAGUGGACACCAUCGAUCACAUGGACUCAGAAAACCUGAAUCGAGAGGUCGAGUUGCUGAAAGCAAAUGCUGAACAUCAAGACAAGUUGGGCGAAGCGUCGACCAUGCAAGUUCUUGUUCAAGCACAUUUCGAGAUCAUCGCAGCCAUCGACAAGCUCAAUGCAAUGACGACAGAUGAAGCUGUGGAGGUCGCACCGAAAUUCAUCAAUAACAUGCUUUCUUCCGCCACCAAGGCCGCUUCAUACGUCGUAAAGCCUGACGGCAGCAUCGCGCCUGUCGAAACUUUUGCACCACGAAAGGGAGGUACUCCAAAGCGACGAAAGCAGGCCGUCAACACGUCGAUCCUCGAAAGCCCGUCGAUCGCCCGACAGAUUCCGGUCAUGGAAGUUCCUGCGCCUAAGGGCGUCACAUUCCAAACUACGCCAAAGAAGCGGAAAGCUACGGUCAAGCGAGCUGUCCGAUGGAAGGACGACACGGAAGACGGCGCCUUAGCCGAGUUCGAGAAGACGCCACAGCAUAUCCCGUCAUCCUCACCACCUGAGGAGAGCACAGCGGAAUUGACCGUUCCACAAAUCUCAGAUCUUACCUCCAGCUUCUCAGCUCUGAACACCAUCGGUGAUGACAAUUCCUCGCCCAUCCCGCCAUCGCCAGAAGCGUCCUUCGCACAGCCCACAAGCAACCGCUUCAAAGCCGGCUUCCUCUCUAAGAAAGCCAGCGAAGUCUCUCCGCUGUCCGCUUCCAUGCCGCCUCCGCCAACGACAACAAUAUUCUCCUCGUCCUCCGACUCUGACUCCUCCCCACUCCGCGAGCUCGACCCGCAGCCCAAUCGUCGUUCCCUCACACCACUCACGGCUACCAAUGGCAACAAGAACUCUCCUCCGCCACCAAGCCUGGGCGACCUCCCCAGCAGCGACCCCUCCCGCCCAUCCUCUUCGGACACCGAAACCACAAUCCCAGCGGCUCAACAGCCAUCAAGAUUGGCGCGAUUCGCCGCUCAAGCAGCGUCCGCACAUCGACUCACAAUGCCUCGCGAACCCACCGUCGACGCUCUCCGUCUGCUUCGUCCCCACCCAGCAAUGACCAUAUGUUCGGAGCUGGUCAUGUUAGACGCAUGGCUGGCGACAAGGGCGCAGGUGGAGGACUUGGCAAUGACUGGGCCAAGAACGGCGUGCUUAGUCCGCGUGUCAGCGGGGUUGUGA